CUUUGCAGUUUGCUGUUUUUUCUGUUUCUACUUUCUUGGUUUUCGUUCUAUUGUCGAUUGUCGUACCUAUGUCGUGUGUUUUUUGAGGAAUUUCUCUAGAUCAUUGAACUGGCUAUUUAUGUUUCUGAGACGCAUUUUGACGAAAUUCUAGCAAUUUGCUAUUGCUAGCAUAAUUUGUUUGUUUUGUGACUCGAUUCCAACAAAUCAACGUUAUGGCCUACUGACUGUGGAACAGAUAUCUAGCCUUUGAAGAUGGCGGAAGUGGAUCCGGAGACGCUGCUGGAGUGGUUGCUAACGGGGCAGGGGGAUGAGCGGGACAUGCAGCUCAUUGCUCUGGAGCAGCUAUGUAUGCUGCUCCUCAUGUCCGAUAAUGUGGACAGAUGCUUCGAAAGUUGCCCUCCACGCACAUUUCUACCUGCUCUGUGCAAGAUCUUUCUAGACGAGUGUGCACCUGACAACGUCCUAGAAGUUACUGCCAGAGCUAUCACAUACUACUUAGAUGUUUCUGCUGAAUGCACCAGGAGGAUUGUAGCAAUAGAUGGAGCUGUGAAAGCCAUCUGCAGCCGCUUACUUACAGUGGAUCCCAACAACAGAACCAGCAAGGACCUUGCUGAACAAUGCAUCAAGGUACUGGAGCUAGUGUGCACGCGCGAGGCGGGCGCGGUUUGGGAGGGGGGCGGGCUGCCGUCCGUGCUACACUUCAUAACGCACCACGGUACCUCCGUGCACAAGGACACCCUGCAUUCUGCUAUGGCGGUUGUGUCCAGGGUGUGUGGUAAAAUGGAGCCGGGAGACGCGCGCGUGGGCGAUGCUGUAUCAUCACUAUCGUCGCUGCUGCGACACAGCGACGCGCGUGUUGCGGACGCGGCGUUACGCUGUUUCGCCUCGCUCGCGGACAGGUUCGCGCGCGCGCACGCCGACCCCGCGCCGCUCGCCGAACACGGUUUGAUCGAAGAGUUGGUCCGUCGUCUCGGCGCCACAGAGAGCACAGAAGACAAGGGAUUAGUGACCUCUGUGUCGACCACUGUCAGCCUGCUGUCCACACUGUGUAGGGGAUCGGCGCAGAUUACGCAUGACCUGGUGCGCCUGGAGCUGUGCGGCGCGAUCGAGGCGGCGGUGCAGGCGGACGAGCGCUGGUGUCUGGAGUGCAUGCGCCUCGUCGACCUGCUGCUAGUGCUGCUGUGUGAGGGCCGCCACGCUAUACAGACUAACACAAGUCGCGGUCUCGGUCCGGUCGCGGCGACGGGCGGCGGUGAGGGUUCGAGUCGCGGCGACAAGUCGCACCGACAACUCAUCGACUGCAUCCGCGGCAAGGACACGGAUGCGCUCGUCGCCGCCGUCAACUGCGGCGCCGUCGACGUCAACUUCACUGAUGACGUCGGCCAGACGCUGCUCAACUGGGCGGCUGCUUUCGGCACGAAGGAGAUGGUGGAGUUUCUGUGCGAGAAAGGCGCUGACGUAAACCGCGGUCAGAGAAGCUCUUCUCUGCACUACGCGGCGUGUUUCGGGCGGCCGGCUAUCGCCAAGGUGCUGCUACGGUAUGGCGCCAAUGCCGACCUGCGAGACGAGGACGGCAAGACCCCUCUCGAUAAAGCUAGAGAGAGACACGAUCAGGGUCACAGAGAAGUGGCGGCCAUACUGCAGUGCCCGGGCGAGUGGCUGGUGGUGAGCAAUCAGGAGUCGCCGGCGUCCUCCAACGAGGACGACUUCCCCGACACGGGUGAUAAGGAGAUGGCCGCCGUUUACUUGGAGCGUCUGGUGCCAGUGUUCUGCGCGCGGUACGUAGGUGCGGGCGGUGCGGGCGUGCGGCGCGCGUGCCUGUCGCUCGUACGCAAGAUGGUGCACUACGCGCCCGCGCCGCGUCUGCGUGCGCUCUCCACCCCGCGUACCGCCGCGCUGCUCACGCGACUCAUCGCGCAGGUUCUUGACACACAGGAUGAGUGGUGCCGGCGCGGGCAGCGGUACCUGCGCAGCCGCUAUAUCCGGCCGCCCGCGGACGACGAUGACGGUCAUCUGACGGUCCUGGGCAUAGCGGAGGAGCUGAUGGUGAAGGCUUCGGACAUAUAUCUGGAGCAGUUCGCGCGUCUCGGCGUCUUCAGCAAAGUGGAGGCGCUGGCCGCCGCGCAGGCUAGCCCGGCGGACGACACCGCCGGCCAGUCAGGAUGGUCGCCGAGCGCUCUUGCAAGCGGUGUGGGUACAACGGGCGACGCAACCGCGCUAGUAGCGGGCGGGGCAUACGUAUGGGGGGAGUGGUCGUUAUGCCGCGGCCGCGACGCGCUCUACGUGUGGAGCGACGCGGCCGCUAUCGAGCUGAGCACCGGCUCCAACGGCUGGUUCCGCUUUCUGCUAGACCAUAAGCUCGCCACCAUGUAUAGUAGCGGCAGCCCCGAGCAUCAGACUGAUAACACAGAGAAUCGUGGAGAAUUUAUAGAUAAACUACAGAGAGCGAGGGCAUCCGUCAAAAAUGCUGUUCCCCAACCUAUAUUGUCGAAGCCUAGUAACACGAGACUCAUACUCGGGAACUGGGUGCUGUCUUGUAAAAAAGAAAAAGAGCUGCAUAUUCACAACACAGAUGGCCAGCAGCAAACUACGAUAUUGAGAGAAGACCUGCCAGGUUUUAUCUUCGAGUCAAAUAGGGGAACCAAACACUCGUUUACGGCAGAAACAUUUUUAGGUCCAGAGUUGGCCAGUGGCUGGGCGGAUCGCCGGCCGCAGGUCUCUAAUAGCGCUGCGCCUCAGAGCCGAGGACGACUCUCGGCCAAGACGGAGGCACAAAAGGCGCAGGUGUGCGAGCGCGCGCGCGGUCUGUACGCUCGGCAUUUGGCGGGCGCGGCCGGGCUUGCGCCGCGUGUGCCCGUUGCCCGCCUUCGUGCAGUGCUCGCGACGCUACAACGGUUAGCUACACAACCGGAGGGUAAUUGGCAAAAAGAGUUUAAAGAGUCAUUAGACCAACUCGCAGAACUCAUUUGCGGCGAAGAGCUUCUGUCCGCUUACGAACUACAAUCCUCUGGUUUGGCACCGGCACUACUACAAAUCCUUGCCCCGCAACCUUACGAGAGUGCCUUGGGCCAAUUAGUCGGAGAAUGGCUGAGCGCGGACGAGGGACGCGUGGGCACGGCGCUGGCGGCCCGACUAGUGGGUGUGCUGGAGAGCGCCGAGCGUCUGCCUGUGGUCGCGCCCGCAGCGGACGCGCCGCACGCGCCGCAAGCGCUACACCACCUCACGCGCCGCCUGCGCCUGCGCGUUGAGCGAGCCCACGACGACGCAGCAGACGAGGCCAACAACAACGCCGGCCGCAACCUCAAGGUGGAAGCGCUCACCACCGUGCGCCAACUCGAACGCUUCCUAGCUAAGUCCGUGGCCCGCCAGUGGUACGACAUGGACCGGGCCACCUUCAAUUUCGUGCAGCGGAUCAAAGCUGAGGCGCCGCUCACCUUCACAUACGAUCACGACUUCGACGAGAACGGCGUGCUGUACUUCAUCGGCAGCAACGGAGGAACGUGCGAGUGGGUGAACCCGGGCGCGCACGCAUUAGUCUCAGUGUGGUCGUCGGACGGACGUGCUCUGCCGUACGGCCGCGCCGAGGACGUGCUGUCCCGUGCUCGCGAGCCGCUCAACGUGCACACGAAUGAUGACAGACGCGCGUUCGUCGCGCUCGACCUCGGCCUGCAGCUAGUUCCCUCCGCCUACACGCUGCGACACGCGCGCGGAUACGGCCGCUCCGCGCUGCGCAACUGGCUCUUCCAGAUGUCCGCCGAUGGCGUGACGUGGACGACGCUGCUGGCGCACAGCGACGAGCAGGCGCUGCAGGAGCCGGGCAGCACGGCCACGUGGCGCGUGCGCGCCGAUGCGCCGUACCGCUACCUGCGCAUACAGCAGAACGGCAAGAACGCCAGCGGACAGAGCCACUACCUGUCGCUCUCCGGUCUAGAGGUUUACGGCAAGGUAGUGGGAGUUGUGGAAACGCCCCCUCGGCAAGUGGGCGGCGGCGGCGCGGGAGCGGCAUGCGGCGGUGCGCGCGCGCGUCGCUGGUCGCGCGGCGCUAGAGGCGUGUGCGCCGGCGCCCGCGUCACACGUGGCCCGGACUGGAAGUGGCGCGACCAGGACGGCGCCACCGCCACCGGCACCGUCACGUCGGACUUGCAUAACGGAUGGGUCGAUGUCAGGUGGGAUCACGGUGGUCGAAAUUCGUACCGCAUGGGCGCAGAGGGCAAGUUCGACCUGAAGGUGGUGAGCGGCGGCACGGAGUGCGCGCGCGGCGGACGCAAGAGCCACUCCACACCCAGUCUGCCAGACGCCACAGGCCCUGAACACCAGGUGUCAGUGGCAUCGACAGAACAAGCGUCAUCGGCGGACAACAUAUCGGAGGAGGUGGGCGGCAACAUGGGCCGGCCGCGCGCGUACCCCGCAGACCUCUCCGCCAUCAAUAACUCCACCCACCACAUUAACACCGACCUUGCUACAAUCGUAGAAUCUCUUACCCUCGGAGCGGAAACCAAUAACUGUAUGGACUUGGGCAACUCGUCCUACACUAAUAUGGAGCUUGGGCCGACGAGCAUCACCGACAUUACCAAACCGUAUCCUGCGAAGGAACCGCUGCCGGAAUCGACACUUGAGGCGGGCGGCGCGGGCGGCGCGGGCGGUGCGGGUGGAGCGGGGUCAGGCGAGGCGGCGCGCAACAGCGCCAACGCGCUGCUGUCCAGCGAGCUGCUUCAUUUACCCGCCGAGCUGCUGCAUACGCUGCGCAACAACGCCAACCGCCUGCACAUACAGUGCGAAGAAAACGAGGCAGGCGACAGUCAGUUCGAGCAUAAGAAGGACGCACAGGCGGGUGGUACCGGUACUAUGAGUGCCAGCGAACCCGAUCUCACGCAGCAGGGUGCUGCACGGCUGUUGGAGACGCUGGGCGUGGGUCGCGGCAGCGGCACGGCGCGGGGGGCAGGGCUGGCAGGGGCACAGCGCCCGCGGCCUAACCACUCGGCAGGGCUCUUCCCAAGUCUGGUGCGACUGGCGCUGUCGAGCAACUUCCCAGGCGGACUGCUGUCGGCGGCGCAGAGUUAUCCGUCGCUGGCGCCCAACGCACAAAACGCGCUUACGCUCUCGCUCACGUCUACGUCCAGUGAGAGCGAGCAGGUGUCCCUAGAGGAUUUCCUGGAGUCGUGCCGCGCGCCGACGCUGCUGACGGAGCUAGAAGACGAUGAAGAGGGCGAGGACGCGCUCGACAGCGACAAGGAGAACGAGCCCACCUACCACGAGGUAGUAUCGCGCAACCUUCUGUCACUGAUGGAGGAGGAGGCGCUGGAGGCGGUGUGCGGCGCGGCGGGGGCGGGCGGGGGCGGGGCCAGUGCGGGCGGCCGCGCACGCAAGCCCUGGGACGACGACUUCGUGCUCAAACGCCAGUUCUCCGCACUCAUACCCGCAUUUGAUCCGCGUCCCGGGCGCACCAACCUCAACCAGACUAUCGAUCUGGACGUGCCAUUGAAUGACGACUCUGACGCGGAGGAGGAGGCGGGCGCGACCGCUGCGGAUACCAGCAACAGCAAUGCAGCGCUGCCGGCCCUGCGACUAGUGCUGAGCGCAGGCGGCGCGUCUCUCCCGCUUGACCGCCCGCGCUGGACGCUCUACCGCGCCGUGCUAGCGCUGGCCUCCCGUACCCCAGCGGUAGACACCACGUACACAUUAACAUACAAAGAAAUAGAUGGAGCGGAUACUUUUGCCCAGUCGAGUGAUAGUGAAGACGAUGAACCAGGCGAUCCAGAGGGUGGCGUGUGCGGCGCGGAGGGUGCGGGCGGCGCGCACGUGUGUGCGUGCGUGCGCGCUCUACGGCGGCUGCGAGCGGCGGCGCCGGAGUUACCAGCGUCAGCGUUCGUGUCCACAAAGCUCACCAACAAGCUGCACCAGCAGUUGCAGGAGCCACUCACCCUUGCCGCCGCAGCCACGCCUAAGUGGUGCCAGCAGCUGAACGACUGGUGUCCGUUCCUGUUCCCGCUGGAGACGCGGCAGAUGUUCUUCGCGUGUACGGCGUUCGGCACUUCCCGCACCAUCGUGUGGCUGCAGGCGCAGCGGGAUAGGGUGCUGGACAGACAGAGAACGGGCAACACCGUGUCCCCGCGGCGCGCGGACCUGGAGGCCACAGAGUUCCGCAUCGGGCGGCUGCGACACGAGCGCGUGCGGAUACCGCGCGAACCCAACCUGCUGCGCUCCGCUAUGCAGGUGAUGCGCGUACACGCGUCUCGCAAGUCGGUCCUGGAAGUGGAGUUUGCGGGCGAAGAGGGCACCGGGCUGGGGCCCACGCUGGAGUUCUACGCGCUGGUGGCGGCGGAGCUGCAGCGCGCCGACCUCGCCAUGUGGCUGCACGACGCCGACCCCGCGCACACCGACGACGCCCCCAACCAUCUCACGCUCGCUGACGAGAAGCCCCCGGGCUACUACGUGAUGCGCGCCGGCGGCCUCUUCCCCGCGCCACUGCCACAAGACUCUCCUAUCUGUGAUAAAGUUUGCAAAUAUUUCUGGUUCCUAGGAGUAUUUUUAGCUAAGGUUUUGCAAGACGGGCGACUAGUCGAUUUACCCUUAUCUGAGCCCUUCUUGCGUAUUAUGUGUGGUGAAGAAUUGAGUGAUGAACAUUUGAAGGAUGUCGAUCCAAUUAGAUAUAGGUUCCUACAGAGCGUGCUAAACGCGGCGGACACGUACGACACGUUAAUGAACGACGGCGCGCUGGCGGCGGACGAGCGGCGGCGGCGCGCGCGCGACCUGCGUGUCGACGGCGCGACAUUCAGCGACCUCGCGCUCACCAUGACGCACGGCGCGUACGCGCUGUGUCCCGGCGGCGAGGACAUCGAGGUGGGCCCGCACAACGCGCGCGCGUACGCGUCCGCGAGCGCGGCGUGGGCGGUGCGUGCGGGUAUACGGCGGCAGACGGCGGCGUUCGCGCGCGGCUUCGGCGCGGUGUUCCCCGCACGCCGCCUGCGGGCGUUCGCGCCGCACGAGCUCCGCCUGCUGCUGUGCGGCGAACGCGGCCCGCAGUGGACGCGCGACCAUCUGCUGCAGUACACUGAGCCCAAACUGGGUUACACGCGCGAGAGCCCCGGUUUCCUGCGGCUAGUGGAGGUGCUAGUGGAGAUGAGCGCUCGCGAGCGCAAGGCGUUCCUGCAGUUCGCGACCGGCUGCAGCAGCCUGCCGCCCGGCGGGCUCGCCAACCUCCAUCCCCGACUCACUGUCGUGCGCAAGGUGGACGCUGGCGACGGUUCGUACCCGUCCGUGAACACGUGCGUGCACUACCUCAAGCUGCCGGAGUACUCGUGUAAGGAGGUGCUGCGCGAGCGCCUGCUAGCCGCCACCCACGAGCGUGGCUUCCAUCUCAACUGAACCAGAGAAAGAGAUGGAGAGAUACCUCUCUUUCCUUCUACAGUGCUAGUUCAUAUGCCCAUGCGCGCCGUAUCGCAGAGAUAUAAGCUCUAGAUCUAUCUAAUUGGUAGCUACAACAUAGUCGGCCCGAUAUUCUAAAACAUUUAAAUAGAGAGAAGAAAUUCUCUCUUACAAUCAAUUGUUAUUAUCGCGUUAGAAUUACAGAAUGAAAGUAAAACUAUUAACCGCUUUCUGUUUUGAUAGACUCUUGAAACUAGGGCCAUUGCAGACCAGUUUAUAAGUCCGAUAUAGCAAUAGGAAUGAUGAAUGUAACUUAUUGAUCAAAUUACAUUACUUGGCUGUAAGUUUUCUAUAUAACAUAAAUAGAAGUCGAAGUCUGGCAUUGAUGUAUGAAAUCAAACUAAAACCAUUGAAAAUGCAGUUACUCUUCAUUCCAAACAUAAAUAUCAGUAGCAUGCCUACAGAGUAUUGCUAUGUCGACUUAUGAUAAGUAUGUAAGGCUUAGUUGAUAUUAAUAUUUCACGCAACUAGACAAUUCAUACAGCAUACUCCAUGCGUCGCCUAGCGAUAUGCAUACGGCUUGAUUAUAGCCUAUUUAGAGUUGUGUCCCCUUGGAAUAAACGAAAGUUAGCCUUAUGUGCUUGACAUAAAACUUCAGGUGAAAUAACUCUUACGGGCUGAACAGUUAAUCACAUAUUAUAUAGCUAAUAUAAUUGUCUAUAUAUUACCUAAUAUUUUUCAAUACAUAGCUACAUUUUAUACACUUAAGCAAUGUAGCCUAUAAUGAAGCAAUAAGAAUAAGUAUAUUGAUCUUUUCGAGUAUAAUUAUAAUAAAAAUGUGGAGCGCUAGUUGAUAUAUUAAACUAUUUUCCGUAUACAUAAAUUUUAUGAAAGAUGUUUUGCUCUAAAAGGAGUCCGCUAGAUCCAACUGUUGCUAAAAAUUGGUAUACGAACGCUUUGCAAAAUAUAUUGGUCUGUUCUCAAUACGUCCUAACUCCUAACCUCUUAGUAUACUCUCACUGGUUACUACUACUAUUGAAUAGGUAUCGGUCUACACUUUGAUUGACGAUAUAGAAACUGAAUAUUCGUAGAUAUAUGCAAUAAUAAUGUAUUACUAUCAACGAGGCUUGUCGUUUAAGACUUAAUAAAAGUGAGUUAAACAUAAAAUUUUUGUUUUCUAUAUUUAGUUUUCGUGAUGUUCUAUGGAUUAUAUAACUUAAGGAAUUGUGGUUGCUUACUUUUCUUUUAACCUAACGGAGGUUCGGUGGGGAGACUUUAUUUACAAUGUUUGAUAUAUUAUAUGGCGGGCUUUAAGCCAGAAGGGCGUAUAAUAAUAAAAAAGUCGUUUUUUUACCAAGAUAAUAGAUGUAAGUGCAAUAUUGGGAGUUUUGGAAUAGUUAAAAUACAAAAGAUCAUAGUACGUAGUACUUUCAUAGACACACGCAAAUUUUCAGUUGUAGAAACCUCUUUUCUACUUAAAAUAAACUACUUUUUUUACGCCCUUCUGGCUUGAAGCCCGUGAUACAAUAUGCUAUAUAUGUAAGAGUAAUCAAUUUUAUUAUGAAAUGUGAAACCAUAGGCCUCUUUUUACUUUACUAAUGAAGUGCCCGCAUGUUCAAAAUCGUUAGACGCAAAUUUUUCUCAUAAAGUAAUGCUGUAGAAUGCGAUGUAUACGCUUUAGGAAACGUGCAUAUUCAAAAUACAUUGAUUGAUGAGAUAAAUUUAAAUUAAAAGGAUGUCUAUGGUUUUAAAUUGUGAGAUAGAAUGAUUUGAUGAUAUUUUUGAAUAUCUUAGCAUUGCUAAUAGUUGCAGUUUAUGACAUAUUUUUACUAAUAUGGCACAGUAUCACAUAUUUUUUUGAAUUAACGAUACUUUCUACACAAAGCUUUGUUUUCUAGUAACCAAUAAAGUAAAGUUAAAUAUUUUG